GUAAGGUCACAGCUGAAACCUGUAUGGAGACCGGCGCGCGCGUGUGUAUAUAAAGCCAACUCAGGGCUCCGUAAGCUGCAGUCUGCGUUUGGCUUUCAUACAUCACCCUACAAGUCCAUCGUCAAGCAACUUCUCCCCAAACAAAAUGUUGCGUCUUUGUGUAAUGUUGGCUGUCGUUGGUGCCGUCUUCUGCCAAACGUACCCCGAUCCGCUGGUGGAUAUUACCUGCAAUGACUGGUGCAACCUUAGCAGUAAUACCUAUUACUGCUGCGACGCACAACGUGAAAUCGAUGGAGGGCGCUCUGGCAAAUGUCCAGCCACGCCGAUUUCGGAGAGGGAACUGGAGAUCCUCAGGGAUAUUGGAAACCCUAACGCUCUCAACUGCAAGCUCGACAGAGAAUGCGAGGUCGGGGAAAAGUGUUGCUACGCUAAGGAAAGUCAGCACUACAGGAUCUGUCGCUUUGCGUUUUAGAGAUCCCUGGACAUGGAGUUCGUUCGAGGCUUCUUGAAUCCUGUCGACUUGGAACCUGAUGCGCUUUCGUGAUGACUCUGACAAAUACGAAAGAUCUUUAGACUAUAUAUAUAUAUAUAACUGACCACUUUGCCCUAUUCAUCCACCCAAGGGCAUAUAUUUGUUUUUGUUGUUCUGUUAACUGACCACUUUGCCCUAUUUAUCCACCCAAGGGCAUAUAUUUGUUUUUGUUGCUCUGUUAAUUUUAAGGUAUAUGUUAAUGACAUAGUACAAAGAUGUUCCUAUUCUCACGUGUUUAAAUAGACAGUUAAUAAAUCAUAUAAAAUUUA